ACUCAACAUUCUCCUGGUACAAUCAGUACUAUGACCUCUACACUCAGUGCCCUGCUCUACCUCGGGCUGUACCUGAGCCAGACCAUCAGCACCCAGAAGCAGAUUCUUUCAAAACCCAUCAUCUGGGCCAAGCCAGAUUUCAUGAUUCCAAAGGGAAUGCGAGUGUUGAUCUUAUGCCAGGGGACUCCUGAGGCCGUUGAAUACCAGCUGUAUUUUGAGGGACACCUCUCUGCCCAGCAGAGCCCAAAACAACUUGGAAGGAGGAACAUAGUCAUGUUCCACAUCCCAGCCAUGACCCUGCUCACUGCAGGGCAAUACAAGUGCAUUUACCGAAGCAAGGAGCUCUGGUCAAACCCUAGUGACCCUCUGGAUCUGGUGAUAACAGAAAUGUAUGACACGCCCACCCUCUCCGUUCAUCCUGGGCCUGAGGUGACCUCAGGAAAGAACGUGACCUUCUAUUGCCAACUAGGCACUGCAACAAACAAGUUCUUUCUGCUCAAGGAGGGAAGAUCUGGCCGCCCUCAACACAGAUAUGGGAACACCCAGGUGGAGUUCCCCAUGGGUCCUGUGACCACAGCCCACAGAGGGACGUACAGAUGUUUUGGCUCUUAUAACAACCAUGCAUGGUCUUUCCCCAGUGAGCCUGUGAAGCUCCUGGUCACAGAAGAUGUUGGGGACAGCAGCCUUGCACCCACAGAACACACCUCCUUUUCUGACCUUUGGGACCUCGACUUGUUAACCACAGAAGCAGAAUUCCAGCAAGGUCUUCACAGACCAAGAACUUCUGUUGAUACUGAAUCAUAAUGUUCUUUAUCCCAAGACAUGAUGGACUUCCUCAGAGCGUGUUUAUGACAUCCCAAAUUUUCCAUAUCCUAAGCUAUGGCAGGAAACCUACAGUCUCAAGGGGGGGAAAAUGUGUAAGGUAGAAGAAUUUUGGAUCUCCAGAUAUAAGUGCAGGGGCUUGAGAGCCUCCUCAGAAGGAUGGAGGGGUCUUUUCCACACAAGGCUGUUCCCCUCACUGCUCCAAGUCAAAAUCUUCCAAAACUGGUUAACAGGACUAGACCAGAUGGUUAAGUAGAGCAUUACUCUUUUUGAAAUGUUGCACCCAGUUUGUAUUCCAGACAGCGAAAUGAAGCAUGGGGAAGAAGGAAGGGAGGGAAAGGGAGAGAAAGUACCGGCCAAUUGUUUGUUAUGGAGGUUUAUCGGAAACACUUAAAGACACUUCCAUUACAGCAGGGAGGACAUUAGGAGAAGGAAGGGAAAAAUGAAGGGGGGAAAUCGGAGGGAGA